AUGUCUUCAGCCAAAGCCUUUACGUUCCUUCCGCUAGGCGCCAUCAUCCAGACUUUCAAAGUCAACGGCGUGAACAUCGUGCAGGGGUUUCCCACAGCAGAAUUGUACAAGCAGUUCAACUCCCCAUAUUUCGGCGAGACAAUUGGCCGCAUCGCAAAUCGGGUUGCGGAGGGUAAGAUCAACGAUCUGAAUGGAAAAUCGUGUCAGUUACCGAUCAACAACGGGCCAAAUUCGUUGCACGGUGGGUUCAAUGGCUGGGGUAAACGGGUGUUUGAAGGCCCUUCUACUGUGGAGCGUAAUGGUAAAGAGGCCACUUUGUUCAAGUACGUCAGUGUAGACGGCGAAGAAGGCUACCCAGGUACUGUAGAGGUCCGAGUUUGGUAUGUGCAAGAUAAAGAGCAAGUAGAUGGUGUUCAGCAUGAGGUCUUGCACAUAGAGUAUGAAGCGGAAUUGGUCGGUGACGAGGCCAAGGAAACUGCCAUCAACAUGACCAACCACAGUUAUUUUAAUCUCACUGGAGCAACUACCAUUACUGGCACCGAAGUGAACCUGAUCACGAACAAAUACCAAGUGGUCGACGGAGGCGGCAUUCCUACCGGACCAAUCGAAGACUACCCCGGCAUCAGCCCUAAGACUACUUUCACGUUGGGAGAGGAGAAGCCGGAUGUGGACGAUUGUUUUGUUGUCAAUACCGAUCCUAGCAGCAUCCCAAUCGAUACCCGCUCAUCACCUCUACAAAAGAUAGCAUCCUUCUAUCACCCAGAGACGAAUAUUCACCUCGAAAUCUCAUCUACCGAACCUGGAUUCCAGUUCUAUACCGGCAAAUACAUCGACGUGCCCACAGCUGGAGAUGUACCAGCCAGAGGAGCUCGAUCAGGUUUCUGCGUCGAACCAAGUCGAUAUGUCAACGCGGUCAAUGUUCCUGAAUACAGAUCUAUGGUGAUUCUUAAGAAAGGGGAAAAGUAUGGAACUAAGAUCGUCUACAGAGGGUGGUAA